AUGACUGUUGACAGUAACAACGUGGCUCUAAGAGCGGCUGAUAACACGACGCGAAGUAAACCUGAAGGCAACCUGCAUAUAUUUGGCAAGAGAGCUCUUCAACACUUUGACUUUGACCCAAGUCACCGCAAUCUUAAUCAUGGCUCAUUCGGGGCAAGCCCACGCGAAGUAAGAAAUAAACUUCGCCAGUACCAAGAUCGUACUGAAGCAACACCUGAUACCUUCAUUCGCUAUGAUCUGCCCGAUAUUCUCAACGAGUCUCGAGAAGCUAUGGCGAAGUUACUCAAGGCACCAACUGAUACGGUAGUGUUCGUCCCAAAUGCUACUGGAGCAGUGAACACGGUCCUUCGAAAUAUUGACUGGAAAGAAGACUGCAAGGAUGAAAUUCUCUAUUUCAGCACUAUAUAUGGUGCCUGUGGAAAGACUAUUGACUAUCUCGUUGACUCGGGACGGGGCCUAGUUUCAUCUCGAGAGAUACAGAUAGCCUAUCCAUGCGAAGACCACGUCAUUGUAGCAUCGCUCAAAGAUGCAAUAGAGAGCGGGAAAAGGGAUGGGAAACGAGCUAAAGUGUGUCUCUUCGACACAGUAUCUAGCCUCCCGGCAGUUCGAUUUCCCUUCGAGGAUGUUAUAAGAGUCUGCAAAGAAGAAGGGAUCUUGAGCCUAGUAGAUGGAGCCCAGGGCGUUGGGAUGCUUGAUCUCGAUCUCGAGGCUCUGGAUCCCGAUUUCUUUGUUUCGAAUUGUCAUAAAUGGCUUUACGUGCCGAGAAGCUGUGCCGUCCUAUAUGUCCCAUUCCGAAAUCAAUCAUUGAUAGCAUCGACAGUCCCUACAUCCCACGGAUAUAUUUCCAAGUCCGGCGACAGGUUCAACCCGUUACCGAAGAGUCAUCCAUCGCCCUUUGUCAAUAACUUUCAAUUCAUGGGGACUCUGGACACGAGCGCCUAUCUUUGCGUGAAAGAUGCGAUCGUAUGGCGGGAGCAGACCUUCGGUAGCGAAGAUAAUUACUCAAAUAUACCCAUGGAUUAG